GAUGGUGCGCGCCUUACGGACUUGAAGGAGGUGCGAGGGUUGUUGUACAAGAUGCAACGUCCGGCUAUUGCACCAAAGCUUGUGUACCCGAACGAUUGGAAAGAGAAGGAUCUGGUCAUAUUCCAUAAUCGCAGCGUGCUGCAUAGCGUCGUCGGUGCUUUCACUUCGGACCAGGUUCGGGCGUUCCACCAGCGUGAUCUUGCUGCGUCGGAUGAUCCUACUGGG